AUUUAUUGGAUUUUCAUGACACGUGAAAAAAGAAGAACAAACCGAUGAAUAAUAAUCAGUGCAAUUAUUUUUCAUAUUCAAAAUCAAAAAAAAAACACAUAUCCGAAUAUAUCAUAUUAGCUAGAACUUACUUGGCUCCAGUAGAAAAGAUGAAAAUUUUGUAGAGACAAACGUGACUUGCUUUUCCUUUUUAACAACGUGACUUGUUUAUGUAAGUUGAAGAAAAUAAAAUAAAGGAAAAUCUGUAUAAACAUCAUGAUAAAGUCAAAACAAGUCAUAAUUCACAUGUUUAUCUUUGUUAUUGUAAAAUUUAAAUGGUAAAAUCACAUAUUUAUCUCAACACACAUAUUUAUCUAAUUUUAAUGAUAUUAUUUUAUUAAUUUCGAAUUUAUAUAUUAAUUUCGAAUUAUAUCUUGGGUAAAAAGGUCAAUUCAUAAUUAAGAAAGUGUAUUUUUCAAAAGUUAAAAUAGAAAAUACAAUUAUCAAAUUUCAAAUCCUAAAUAGGGUAUUUUGCAAAUUAUCCCUUUAUGUUUACUAUCUGUUCAUUUAUUUCUCUUUUUUCAGUUUUUUUUUCAAUUCAAUUUUUUAGAUGAUUUUUUCUUCCAACAUUUUGUUCAAUUCAUUUUGUUCAACAAUGGGGGUCACCAAUUGAAGCUUUAAUUGUAUGUUUGAAAACAUGUAUUAGAUUAGGUAAUUCUAUGAAUGGUUUCUUUUUAAAGAAAAAUUAAUUAAAUAAAUGGUUUUUUUUAAAAAAAAUUAAUUAAAUAAAAAAAAUUCAUCAACCAAUCAAAUUAUAAUAAUUAAUUGGAAAGCUCUCCUAUGAAAGACACGUUAUCAGAAAUUAAUUAAAUGACUUCUCAAUUAAUAUAGAUAUAUAUAUAUAGGAGGAUAGGAGGAUUAGAUUUUACAAUGCAAGACCUAAAAAAUAAUAAUAAUAAAGACUUUCUCUAGACGAGCCGAUCUCAUUCUCGUAGGGUUUUGCUUGGUAAGAUGUCGGAAGCCAAAGUUGAAGAGAGAGUUUGUGAGGACAGGAUUAGUGAGUUACCAGAUGAUUUGAUCGUGGCGAUAUUGAGCCUUAUCCCUACAAAAGACGCAGUGGCCACCAUGUUUAUGUCAAAAAGGUGGCUCUCUAUUUGGACGAUGGUACCUGUACUUGAUUACAAAGAUGAGAAAGAAGGCAGAAAUAGCGUUUGGUCGUUUCUACACAAGUCGCUGCAAUACCACAAGGCACCUCUAGUAGACACCUUAGCUGUGCUACUCGGUUCACAAUGUCCUACCGAUGUUGAUGUCGGAAAGUGCGUUGCAAACGUUGUUGAUCGUCGCGUACGUGAGAUAAUUUUCGAGCUUGUAUGGUCCGCAGAUCCAACGAGAUUGCCCAACAGCCUUUACUCAUGUGAAUCUCUCAGGGAACUUUCUCUCUCCCACAAGAUUCUUGUGGAUUUCCCUUAUUCUUCUUGUCUUCCAUCCCUAAAAAAACUCGAGCUUUCCUCUGUGGUGUAUAAAGACGACGAUUCUCUCCGUAGGUUUCUAUCGAUUAGCUGCCCUACUCUCAAGGCUUUGUUUGUGACACGGAAAAAGGAUGACAAUUUGAAAACGUUGACCGUGAAAGUUCCUUCCUUAUGGUGCUUAUUAUAUCACAAUUGCUUUAUGAACAAUGAUGUUGAAGAAGAAGACAAUGGUAGGUGCUUAGUUAUUGAUACUCCGGCAUUGGAAGAAUUCCACGUCAUGGAUAUUUCGAGAGACUACUGCUCGACCAAUCAUAUGCCUUGUCUUAAGGGUGCAUAUCUCAGUUCUAACUCUUGCCCUGGUGAAAAGCUUUUAAGAUCUUUUUCUUCUGUCUUGUCUCUUGAGUUGUGCUUGAAUCAUGAAACGCUUGUCUGUUGUAGCACCGUCAACUUUUCUCGACUUGUAAAGUUAAUAAUAGACCCAGAGGAUUCAGAUUGGCUGGAACCACUUAUGCUUUUACUUGGAAAUGCUCCGAAACUAAGAAAUCUUACGGUUGAUGAUGUACGUAUCCUCUUCUUCCACCACAGUAUUAAUUGAAAUAAAAGAAAUUUUUUUUGCUUAGCCAUAUAUAGUUGUUUCUCAGGCAUACAGAGAUCGAUACGAGGAUGUUCUACUUACAUGGAACCAACCCAACUAUGUUCCCGGAUGCUUGUCCUCAACACUCGAAAUAUUUGAGUGGAUAGAAUAUGAAGAUGGAGAAGAAGAGGAAGAAUUCUUGACAUACAUUCUAGCUCACUCUAAGCAUUUAAAGACCGCGACAAUCUCUCUUAGACCCAGCUACGAUCUUCAAGAGCAAGGUUUGAUCAUCGAGGAGUUGAAAGAUAUUCCUAGGGUUUCAACAGCAUCUCAGCUUUUGUUCCGAUGAAAAAAAAAAAAAAAACUCUUAUCAUAUGAGGAAGGUCAG